AUGGAGUUUGUUUAUCAAGCCUGGAUUACUGAUCCAAAAACAGCACUCCGACAGAGACGCAAAGAGAAAAAAAGGUCUGCAAGAGAAGAUCAGAAACGAAAGCGAAAAGGAGCAGGGCAGGGUCCCGUGGAAUGGGAAGACCGAGAGGAUGAACCAAUCAAAAAGAAAUCUGAUGGGCCAGAUAAUAUCAUCAAGAGGAUAUUUAAUAUUUUGAAAUUUACCUGGGUCCUGUUUCUGGCAACAGUGGAUAGUUUCACCACAUGGCUUAACUCCAUUUCAAGGGAGCAUAUUGAUAUAUCUACAGUUCUAAGAAUUGAAAGAUGCAUGCUGACCAGGGAAAUUAAGAAGGGCAAUGUUCCGACUCGGGAGAGCAUCCACAUGUACUACCAGAACCACAUCAUGAGCCUCUCCAGAGAGUCGGGACUGGACACAAUUGACGAGCAUCCCGAAGCUGCCUCAGGUGCACAGACAGCCCACAGGAUGGAUAGCUUAGAUUCACAUGACAGUAUCUCCAGCUGCUACACUGAAGCAACCAUGCUGUUCUCAAGGCAGUCUACCCUUGAUGAUUUAGAUGGACCAGAAACUGUUCCUAAAACAAGUGAGCGCGCUCGGCCUAGGCUCCGUAAAAUGCUCAGCAUGGAUGUGUCCUCCUCAUCAGCUGACAGUGGCAGUUUAGCAUCAAGGAUGUUCCAUGACGACGAGCUGGAAGAGUCAGAGAAGUUCUACGUGGGCCAGCCACGCUUCCUGCUGCUGUUCUAUGCCAUGUACAACACGCUGGUGGCCCGCUCCGAGAUGGUGUGCUACUUCGUGAUUAUCCUCAACCACAUGGUCUCUGCCUCCAUGAUCACGCUCCUGCUGCCCGUCCUCAUCUUCCUCUGGGCCAUGCUAUCCGUCCCCAGGCCCAGCCGGCGGUUCUGGAUGAUGGCCAUUGUCUACACGGAGGUAGGCCUCCACCUCUGUCCCUGCACCCUCUCUCUAGAUGGGCCUGUCCUGACUCCCAGCGGUUUCACACAGAACAGUCGGAAAUCUGGGGACAAAGGAAGCUGGGAUGUGGGGGCGGGGGCGCAGCAGGAAGGGGGCGUGCUAAAUGAAAGUCGGUCAUUUGGAGAAACAGGACAAAUGUGUUCUUGUGUGGCUUGCGUUAAAAGGAUGUUCCAUGACGACGAGCUGGAAGAGUCAGAGAAGUUCUACGUGGGCCAGCCACGCUUCCUGCUGCUGUUCUAUGCCAUGUACAACACGCUGGUGGCCCGCUCCGAGAUGGUGUGCUACUUCGUGAUUAUCCUCAACCACAUGGUCUCUGCCUCCAUGAUCACGCUCCUGCUGCCCGUCCUCAUCUUCCUCUGGGCCAUGCUAUCCGUCCCCAGGCCCAGCCGGCGGUUCUGGAUGAUGGCCAUUGUCUACACGGAGGUGACAAUUGUCGUCAAGUAUUUCUUCCAGUUUGGGUUCUUUCCCUGGAAUAAGAACGUGGAGCUAAACAAAGAUAAGCCUUACCACCCGCCAAACAUCAUAGGAGUGGAAAAGAAGGAAGGUUAUGUUCUUUACGAUCUCAUUCAACUGCUGGCUCUGUUCUUUCAUCGAUCAAUUUUGAAGUGCCAUGGCUUAUGGGAUGAAGAUGACAUUAUUGAAAGUGGCACAGACAAGGAAGAAUCCGAUGACGAGCUCUCCCUCACCCCUGGCAGAAGAGACUCCUCCGACUCUCUGAAGUCCAUCAACCUGGCCGCCUCAGCAGAGUCCGUGCAUGUGACCUUUCCCGAGCAGCAGAUGGCCGUCCGGAGGAAACGCUCUGGGAGCAGCUCCCAGAUAUCCCACAGAUCCAGCUUUUCCUCAAAUAGGUCCAAAAGAGGCAGUACAAGCACCCGAAACAGCAGUCAAAAAGGAAGUGUUUUGAGCAUUAAGCAAAAAAGCAAAAGGGAACUUUAUAUGGAAAAGCUUCAAGAACAUUUAAUCAAAGCAAAAGCAUUUACCAUAAAGAAGACUCUACAAAUAUACGUGCCCAUUAGACAGUUCUUCUACAACCUCAUCCACCCAGACUAUAGCGCUGUGACUGACGUGUACGUGCUCAUGUUCCUGGCUGACACUGUGGACUUCAUCAUCAUCGUCUUUGGCUUUUGGGCCUUUGGGAAACACUCUGCAGCUGCAGAUAUCACCUCGUCACUGUCGGAGGACCAGGUCCCUGGGCCGUUUCUGGUGAUGGUCCUCAUUCAGUUUGGGACCAUGGUGGUGGACCGAGCACUCUACCUCAGGAAGACUGUCUUGGGAAAGGUCAUCUUCCAGGUCAUUCUUGUGUUUGGAAUUCACUUCUGGAUGUUCUUCAUCUUACCUGGUGUGACUGAGAGGAAAUUCAGUCAGAACCUGGUUGCUCAGCUUUGGUACUUUGUGAAAUGUGUUUACUUUGGAUUGUCUGCCUACCAAAUCCGUUGUGGCUACCCAACGCGAGUCCUUGGAAACUUCCUCACAAAGAGCUACAAUUAUGUCAACCUCUUCUUGUUUCAAGGGUUCCGCCUCGUUCCCUUCCUGACUGAGCUGAGGGCGGUGAUGGACUGGGUGUGGACAGACACCACCUUGAGCCUCUCCAGCUGGAUCUGCGUGGAGGACAUUUAUGCUCACAUAUUCAUCCUGAAGUGCUGGCGGGAGUCAGAAAAGAGAUACCCUCAGCCCCGGGGCCAGAAGAAGAAGAAGGUGGUGAAGUACGGCAUGGGCGGCAUGAUCAUCGUGCUGCUCAUCUGCAUCGUCUGGUUCCCGCUGCUCUUCAUGUCACUGAUCAAGUCUGUCGCUGGGGUUAUCAACCAGCCCCUGGACGUCUCCGUCACUAUCACCCUGGGAGGCUAUCAGCCUAUUUUCACAAUGAGUGCCCAGCAAAGCCAGUUGAAAGUUAUGGACCAGCCAAAGUAUAAUGCAUUUAUAAAAGCUUUUUCCAGGGAUACUGGUGCUAUGCAAUUUCUGGAAAAUUAUGAAAAAGAAGACAUAACAGUAGCAGAACUGGAAGGAAACUCAAAUUCUUUAUGGACCAUCAGCCCUCCCAGUAAGCGGAAAAUGAUACAGGAACUCACGGACUCCAAUAGUAGCUUCUCUGUUGUGUUUUCAUGGAGUAUUCAGAGAAACAUGAGUCUUGGUGCAAAAGCAGAAAUAGCAACAGAUAAGCUUUCCUUUCCUCUUAAAAAUGUUACUCGAGAGAAUAUAGCUAAAAUGAUAGCUGGCGACAACACAGAAAGUUCGAGAACGCCAGUGACAAUAGAAAAGAUCUACCCAUAUUAUGUGAAAGCACCUAGUGAUUCCAACUCAAAACCUAUAAAGCAACUUUUAUCUGAAAAUCAUUUCAUGAAUAUCACCAUCAUUUUGUCCAGAGACAAUACAACUAAAUCUAACAGCGAGUGGUGGGUUCUCAACCUGACUGGAAACAGAAUAUACAAUCAGCAUUCUCAGGCCUUGGAACUGGUGGUCUUCAAUGACAAAGUCAGUCCCCCAAGUCUGGGGUUCCUGGCUGGCUAUGGUAUCAUGGGAUUAUAUGCUUCAGUUGUCCUUGUGAUUGGGAAAUUUGUCCGUGAAUUCUUCAGUGGGAUAUCUCACUCCAUCAUGUUUGAAGAACUCCCAAACGUGGAUCGAAUUUUGAAGUUGUGCACAGAUAUUUUUCUCGUCCGAGAGACAGGGGAACUGGAACUGGAAGAAGAUCUCUAUGCCAAAUUAAUAUUCCUGUACCGCUCACCAGAAACAAUGAUCAAAUGGACUAGAGAAAAAACAAAUUAAUACUUUAGGACAUAGACUGCAAAUAAAGUUAACAUUUGAGGUUUUUUUAAAAAAGCACAAUAUUCUCGUCAGAGCUAAGCAUUUCUACUUCGAUGGAAAUGGUUUCUCUUCUGACAGGUGGCCAAAGCUACCUUGCAAGUGGAGGCGCUGUUGAAGUUUUAAUUCCAUUUCUCUCAAGUCAGGGCUACUGGCUUUAUGUUUGAGUCAGCAGUGUCUUGCGUGCUGAUGGAUUGUGUAAGGAAGCAUUUGCAGGUCCCCUUCCUCAAAGAAACAGAAGAAAUAAGAAGCAGAUGUGCCCAUGUUUGCUCUGCGGGGACCGUGCCUUCCUGGAGAGACACUGUGAUGCAGGAGACCCUCUCUCGCCAUGGGAGCAGCUGCGCCAUGAGAGUAGAUGAGCCUUCAGCACAGUCUGCAGCAGGAUCGGAGGCUGAUGACUCCUACACGUGUCUGUAGGCGGAAGAGAGAGAGAGGGAACCAGUGACCCUGGAGAAGCCCGUGAAAGGAUGUCUCACUCUAAGCAAAAAGAUAACAUUACUGACACUCUUACUGCCUUAUCUUACCUGAAGACUAAAAACAAAUCUUUCCAUUAAACACCAGUGACUUCUCAGGAAAAAAAAAAGCAGCAAAAAAAAAUGUGGACACCUGCUUUGUUGGGGUCCAAUGGUGACUCACCUCAAUGAUGACGAUUGUCCUGCCCUGAGAGUUACUGCUCCUCAUGAGAAACAGACAUGCUAUGGAAAGAGAAAAGGCCAACCCAGUUGGAUUUGGAAUGCUUUAGUAACUGCGGUCACCUGCUCUUCUGCCUCCCCCCACCCCUCAACUUGCUUUCUCCCAUUCCCAUGAUUUAAGGCAAUGGUUUUUCCAGUAUGUGACAUUCUCCUCCCUGUUUUUCAGGUAUAUCAAAGAGUUUACAUAUUCCAAUUCACAUUUUUACAUCUGAGACGGGUUUUUUAAGUUCAUAAUUAUGAGAGAAAUAUGUAUAUUGAGCUUGGGGAAAUAAAAAUGGCCUUUUCUUAAAUUAUUAUUACUGGUAAUACAACCUCUUCAUUAAAUAACAAUGUAGCAUGAAAAAUUUAUGAUUGAAACGUAGUUUUCAUUCCAUAUUAAAAUACAGUUCCUGAGAAGAAUCAUUGAAUGGGCUAGAAUAUGUCAAAAAAAUUAUUCUAUGUAGUUUGGGUUUAGGGCUGAUUUAAAAUAAAGCACAUCUUGCAAAGUCA